AUGUGCGUAGCAUUUUACGGCUGUUAUGUGAUGGUUCCUCUGGGGAAAGAAAAAGUUGCUCCAUACCGCUUCCUUCAGCUUUUUACAAUAGUGGAUAUCGCUCAGUGCGUAUACACUAUUCAAAAAUUCUGUUUCGAUUUUGCCGCUUGUUUCGGAAUCAUCUCACCGGAUCGCUUGCUAACUGCAACUGCUAAGGCACAAUUUUGGGCAUCAUUCAUGCUGACAUGGGAAAUGAUGAUGUUAUCCGCCACUACCACCUACCUUCUGCGACCAACGCAAUCCAUAUUCUUCGAUAAGUACUCUAUCGUAGAUUCAACUUCCAUGCAUAAUGGCAGCACUCAGACCAUUGAGAGCUUUGUCGUUCCACAACAACGUAGAGCAAGCUAUCAAUUUGACAAAAUUGAAAAUGACAAUAUCCGAGUGCGUAGGGAUUCUGGACCAAAGAUGAUAUGA